CAGCCGCAGUGCUGAGAGCCCUUCUGCUCUGUGCCACUGAUUGAGAAGCCUGGGUUAAAAGGGGAAGACAGUCAGUGGUGAAGGUGGAAAAUAAAAACACAGUGAUCAGCACUGGGGACCCAAUGCAUCAGGUCUAUACUCUGCCGCACUUCAGAGGCUUUCAGCAUGAAGGAGGACAUUUCCUGGUCCACUGUGGAUUGCAUUUAUUCAGCUGUGUGAGCUUGUGAAUCAAGCCUCAUGUAUCUGACUAAUCCAGUCCUGCUUUUUGCACCAAACCGAAAAGUGUGAUGUCUUUAUGACCUUCAGCGUGCUUGCUUGAAUCAAUGGAAGACUUCUAUUCCUCUGACGCUCCAGCUGCAAAGACGCAUUUGGGCAGUCUGAAUUUCCUAAGUGCUCUGACGCCUGACAAUGACACUGUUGAGCAGUGUUACAGGGCCAGGUCCCGCAGCACGGUCCUUCAAGGCCUUCCCUUUGGUGGUGUCCCUACCGUGUUGGCACUCAACUUUAUCCUGUGGCUGGUUCUUCUUUUUGUGUUCUCCUGCCUUAGGAAAGCAGCUUGGGAUUAUGGACGGCUCGCCCUGCUCAUGGAUAAUGACAGCCGUGUCUCUCGCCGUCGCUGGAUGUCCUAUGACCUCACAUCCCUGUUUUAUGGAGAGCAGAGUGAGAAAGAGAAGUCACCUUCUGAGUCAAGUCCAUCAGAGGCAGAAAAUAAAGACUUGGGUUUCUGCUCAUGGCUGACGUCCAUUUAUCACAUGAAAGAUGAAGAGAUUCAAAGCAAGUGUGGGAUUGAUGCCAUCAUCUACCUCUCUUUCCAGAGGCACAUCCUGGUCCUAAUGGUUAUUGUGUGUGUGCUCUCCAUUGCUAUUGUCCUGCCCGUCAAUUUCUCUGGAAACCUUCUGGGGGACAGUCCUCAACAUUUUGGGAGAACAACAAUAGCAAACGUUCCAGCAGAGGACAAUUUACUCUGGUUACACAGUAUUUUUGCACUGUUGUAUUUCAUCAUCACUAUUCUCUGCAUGGCUCAUCACUCUGUUCAGCUCGAGUACAAAGAAGAUGAGAAGGUGGCUAGAACUCUAAUGAUCACCUCCAUUCCAAAAGAAAUUUCAGAUCCUGGACUCAUCACAAAACAUUUUCACGAGGCCUACCCCAGCUGCACUGUUACAGACGUUCAAUUUUGUUAUGAUGUCCGCAAGCUGAUGAAACUGGAUGGAGAAAGACGUAAAGCAAUGAAAGGACGUCUCUACUUCACUGCCAAGGCUCAGAAGGAGGGGAAGAUAAUGAUCAAAACUCACCCCUGUGCUCAGAUCUUCUGUUGUGACAUCUGUGGCUUUGAACAGGUGGAUGCUGAGCAGUAUUACAGUGAGCUGGAGGAGAAAUUGACAGAUGAGUUUAAUGCUGAGAAGAACCGCAUUACUCUAAAGCGCCUUGAGAUGGCCUUUGUCACCUUCCAGGAUGACAGGAUGACAGCUGUGAUUGUCAAAGAUUACAGUCAGACCCCUUGCCGCAGAAGUCUACAACAAUCUAGCAUUACAACUGUUGUCAAAUCCUACAAGUGGGGGGUGCAGUAUGCCCCAGCACCCAAUGACAUCAUCUGGGAGAACCUGUCAGUUCGUGGUACCAAGUGGUGGAUCCGCUGCAUCCUUGUGAACCUGUGCCUGUUUCUCCUUCUCUUCUUCCUUACUACACCUGCCAUCAUUGUCAACACUAUGGACAAGUUUAAUGUCACACGGCCAGUGGAGAGUCUCAGGAACCCCAUUGUGACACAGUUCUUCCCUACAUUAUUGCUUUGGGCCUUCUCUGUUCUUCUGCCAUUCAUUGUCUAUUAUUCUGCCUUCUUGGAGUCACAGUGGACCAGAUCCAAUGAGAAUCAGAUGACAAUGCACAAGUGCUACUUUUUCUUGGUUUUCAUGGUCAUCAUUCUGCCUUCCCUUGGCCUUUCAAGCUUGGAUUUGUUCUUUCGGUGGCUUUUUGACAAUAAGUUUCUUGAUGAGGCCGAUAUCAAGUUCCAGUGUGUGUUUCUGCCAGACAAUGGCGCUUUCUUCGUAAACUAUGUAAUCACAUCCAGUCUGAUCGGGACAGCCAUGGAGCUCCUCAGAAUCCCAGGCCUCCUAGUUUAUGCAACACGACUGUGUUUUGCUAAAUCUGAGGCAGAGCGCAUUCAUGUCAAAAGGAACCAAGCUUACGAGUUCCAGUUUGGUCUGGAGUACGCAUGGACUAUGUGCAUUUUUGCUGUGAGCAUGACUUAUAGUAUUACGUGUCCCAUCAUCGUCCCUUUCGGUCUCUUGUAUAUGAUCCUUAAGCACUUGGUGGAUCGAUACAACAUUUACUACGCUUAUGUGCCAACAAAGCUAAGCCAGCGCAUCCAUUCAGCAGCUAUUACCCAGGUGAUCGUGGCACCAAGUCUCUGCAUGUUCUGGCUGCUCUUCUUCUCGGUUCUGCGGUUAGGACCAGUUCGGCCCAUUACUCUCUUCACAUUUGUUGCGCUGGUUUUCUGUAUCACGUUCUCACUAUUUGGGUUUUGUCUGAGGAGAUUCCAGCCCAAGAAACCAGUCAGCUACCAGAUGUCAGAUCAGCACACAGAAGGUAUCUUUACUGAUACAGAGAGGUGCAGUGUCUCUUCCACACCCAACUCUAAUGUGUUUGUUGCUUCAGUACUUCAAGAACCAGAGCUGGGACUGACCCCUAUGGCUUCUCCAGCUCAUCACAGCUAUGGCACGAUGGGAAACAGGACUGAAGGUUCACGACACGAAGAGGAGAAUCAGCCUCAGACUUUUGAGACAGACCACAGAAGCAAACAGUACGACUAUUCUACAGAGCCAUUGGUUGAGAGUGAAAUCGGAUACCAGUAGCGAUGAUUGUAGACAACAGCACAGUAGGACAAAGAAAUUUUCUAUUCGCCCAGUGGCCUCUCCCAUGAAGACAAAUCUGCCAGUUGCUCUGAAAGGUCUUGGCGGAGCCUCAUUUUGCAUGGCACGCAGCCUGUAGCCACAGCCUUUGGAAAAUUGACCCCUGCAACACGGUCAAUUCAGCAAGUUAAGAUAUGGGCUUGAAUGAGUGAGCUGGGCAUCAUGUUUGAAGAUUUCCUGCAUUCUUAGAUAGCUUUCUUUUACGUUCAUGGAAAGGGAUUUCAUUUUUUACGCUUACUCUUGUCUUGCUUCUGUCCUGAGCAACCACUUCAGAGCUGCACCGACUGAAAUAGUGUCCACAGUAAAGGCCACCACUGCUUUAAAAGCGUGAGACCAGCUUCAUGUGUAACACUUCCUCCACACAGGCUGUUUGUGGGAGAGCUAAAAGUAUUCUGCAUUGAGACGGCUAAUCCACCAUUUUACAUCUGGAUUGGCCAAAGCAACACCAAUCUAAGACCUCCCCUGCACCGCACAUGAUAAAUAUGGAAGAGCCAAAAAGCAUGAAAUAACUUAAAUGUACAUCUUUGGAACAGUCAAAAAGUGAGCAUGCCAAGACUGAAACAGCCAAAAUAUCAAAAGAUAUGGAAGAGCCACCAGCAUGCCAUUCAAGAAAUACCCAUAUAUACACAUUAGCCACAAUCUACAUAUGGAAUGGCAAAGAGCAGUCUGAGACAUCCUCCCACACAGUAACUCUGGAAUAACUAAGCAGACACCAGCCUUCCCAUACCAUGUCCUGGUGGAGCUUAAAGCAUACUAGCUUUACCACCCCACUGCCCUACACUCCUUUUCUAAAGCAGAGUAUCCGUCUAAGAAAAUUGACCCUACUCCACAUCUGGGAGAGUUACAAGACACUAGAGUACCACAUGCCUAGAAUGCACAUUUGUAGAGAACCACACACACAUACAGAACCUUAAUACCAUGACUCUCACAAGUGCUGUUUACAUUUUCAGGAAAAAUGAACUGAACCUUAAUGAAAUGUUUGACUACUGGUCAAUCAGAGUCAUAAUCCUCAGAAACAAAUGGAAAAGGUUAAAGGAAAACUUGUUUUUGCAUUUUUGACUAUGUCUCUUUUUAAUAAUUAUGCAACAUGUCUAGGAUUACACGCUCACACAGUGCCUCACUGAUCCAGAAUUCUGAGUUUAGUUCUUCGAGCUCUUUGACUUAAUCCCACAUCUGAAAAACAUGUGAGAUGCUAAAGGUUUGCUGACAGCUCUGAAAUGGUGCCUGUAUGAACAUGUCCAUGUGUUCUUCAGUUGACUUUAUCCAUGUAAUCGAGAGAGCCAAUUCAGAAAAUGAGUUGUGUGUUAAUGUAAGUGGCUGAUGGAGACUUGCACAGAAGUAUCAAGAGAUAUCCAUCCAUUUUCUGAAGCUGCCUUUUCCAUUACAGAACAUCUUAGGGUGCACUUAAACCCACACACAUAUCAGGCAAAUGCAGAGUGACCUGUUAACCUAAGGGACAUGUAUGACAUGAUUUCAUAAUAUCUGGAGAAAAUUCAUGCGAAUGGUAAUCCAGACAGCAAUGGACCUCUGUCUCUUGGAGUUCAGACAACAGCUCUUGCCACCCAUGGUAACCAUUUCAAUAUGUGAUGACUGCAAAUUAUUUGAUCAUGUUUUGUGGAAUUAAUAUCAACAGAAGAUCACUUUGAAAUACGGAAGGAGAAGCAAUUAUUAUCAAAGCUUUUUUUCUUGCAUUUGCAAAUUAUUUUUCAUAUUCGAACUACUGCAUACAUUUUCUUUUGCUCCUAUGUAUUGAUGCUCUGGUCUUACAUUACCAUGAGGCCUGAGAAUCAUAUGGACAUAAGGAACAAUUCUCCGUUUUGUUGGACACUGCACUCAACAUGAACAGGCCUGUGAUUUAAUUUUCAAAACGAUAAUGAAAAAUUCAUAAACUCCUCCUUUUCUGGAAUUUAGUUCCAAAUGCCAUCUUAAUCUGUUUCAUAUUUGGUAGAUUUAGAAAUGCUGCCAUGUUUUUUUCUUGAAAGAAGUUCUAGAGAGUGACCUUAUGAACAUUCGUGACCUUCUGCCUCAGUUACUCAAGUGAAUGCCAAGGAUGAAAGCAGUUGUGGUGCCUUGCUCCUCUGUGUUCCCCCAGCCCAAACCAUAGGGGAUCCUGAGACUUUCUGCUCUUUGUAACUUUUCUUUUAUCUGUGCUUAUGUGGCAACUGAAAGGCUGAAUGUCUGACUCUAUCAUACACUGUCAUCUCCUUUGUGGAGAUGGGCCCAUCCCAGAUCUCUUUCCAUGCAUAAAUCUUAUCCAUACACCACUCCAUGAUGUGCUGGUUGUUUGUACCUGCACAGAUUUUUUUGAUAGUGAGGCAUUGAUCUUUCCAAACCUAACCCUGCACUCCACCAGGUUUUGAAAAAGCAGAUUGUGCUAAAUGUCCACACACCCCAGAAGAAAAAAAUUAGCAGAAAGUCACAUGGGACUUUCUGAGUUAUGGCUGUCCAUUUUUAGAUGCAGUUUACCUAUAACAGCCAUUGGAGAUGAUGGGUUAUAUGUGAGAAUAUCCCAGAGCUAUCUAGCUUGGUUCUUUGCACGUCAGCUCCCUUUAUGUCACCUAGUAGUGUUUAUCUAGCACCUUAUUAUUGAGAAUAAUGGGGAUCUGUCUAUCUAUCUAUCUAUCUAUCUAUCUAUCUAUCUAUCUAUCUAUCUAUCUAUCUAUCUAUCUACCUACCUACCUACCUACCUACCUACCUACCUAACCUACCCACCUACCUACCUACCUAACCUACCCACCUACCUACCCACCUAACCUACCCACCCAGAGCUGGUGCUGGUGUUCCAACUCAACUUCCUAUCAUUGUUUUCACCAAGUAAAUUUCCUGAGGGUCACAAUAUGGUCCAUUGAUCUUUGUUGAGUUGCACAAGACACUUUUUUCUGGUUUUGCAAAGCACCAUGUUGACCAGCCCCAAAAAGUCCAAUCGAGCAGUAUUUUAAGUCAAACCUGUGAGCCUCUCCAGUUUCUUGACUUCUUUUAUGUAGGACUGUCUGAUUUCUGUGCAUUAGAAGAGCCAACUGUGAAGCUGUUUCCAUUUGGUGUGCACUGAUUGCCCACCUUUGUUGUUUUCCUUAACCUAGAAUCGCUAGAGUUGCCAUGACUCAACUACCAGAUAAUUUCACCUGGAUGACUGAGAAUCUUCACAGACUUAGAAUUGCUAGCUUUUCCUGUUUGUAUAGAUCAUCCUGCAUCAUGCAUUUCCUCACAUUAGUUAUGCAUUUACUAAACAAGUCACAUACUUCCUACAAGAAAGAUGUUGUUUCUUAGCAUGUUAAGGGUCUGCCCACCAGCUUGACUGGCAACUCUAAACUGGCCCUGUGUGCCUGAGCUCGAGCAUUUAAAGAAUUGUGCUGUGCAGUUGAAUGGGGCAACAGCCAGAGCUGAUUCUUGCCUUAGUGAUGCCGGGAGAGGCACCAUGACUAGAACUUUAAAAUUGAGUAAAGCUGGUUAAUAAAAUGAGCUGGUGUCCUGCCCAGGGUUUGUUUCCUGCCUGGCGCCCUGUGUUGGCUGGGAUUGGCUCCAGCAGACCCCUUUGACCCCGUAGUUUGGAUAUAGGGGGUUGGAUAAUGGAUGGAUGGAUGAUAAAAUGAUAACCAGCCCAAAAAAAGGUCCCAGUGUUUCCAAAGAGUCCAAUUAAGCCAACCCAUAAGAUGAUGAUUUUAUGUUUGGAGAGUCAUUCUUUAGAGGUGCAAGUCGCCACUCUGUAGUUUGCUCUCUUGGUGUCUGCAGGCACAUUGAAGGUGGACAUUGUGUCUCUACUGGAUGUACCCGGUGAAAGUGUCUUUCUGCUUGCUGCUAAUAAUUUCUGUUUUUUAUCAGUUGAAGAAAUCAGAGCACACUAAAGAGAAUCUGUAAAAUUGAGACAUGCAAACUUCAGUUGGUUGGGCUACCAUUAAUAAAAUUGUGAACCUAAAAUCGUGGUCAAAGUGCAUAGUUGGUAAACUGACAUUCCUAAGAAUUCUUUUUAUUGACAAUCUUACUUUUAUUGUUUUAAGUAAAAAGCAGACAGUAUUCUGUCCACCUUUUGUUUGGAAUAUUAUCAAUUGACAGGUGCAUAGUGAGACAUUGCAAAGGGAAAGCAUCCUUGCAAGCCUAAAGCAAUGCAGAAUAAUAAUAAUUCAUUUUAUUUAUUCAUAGACGCCUUUCUAAACACUCAAGGACACUGAACAAUAUAUAAAA